UAAUGCUUGAAAUUAUUUAGCGUAUAAAUCCAAAUAUUUGUAAACGUUUCUUCUCUCUUUUUGUUUUAAAGCGGCUGUCGUUUAUUGACCCUAUAAUGCUCACUAAUCGGUGAUCGUUAUUAUUACUUUUGGGUAAAUUAAAAGAUAAGACUUAAACGUUGUACAGGUAUAUCUCUUUUAAUCGUAAUAAAUUAACAGAUGGUACGGUGAGUACACUUAAAGGCAUUUAAAGCCGAGGAAACCGCGUUAGUAUACGGUUGUGAGUUAUCGGGAGUAAUUGGGAAGAGAUAUCUCUUUAACCAUGAGUAUUGAAACGGUUAUUAGAAGUGUUGAGAAUCUACCCAAGUCUAUUGAUAAUAUUCAAAAGAAUGGAAUUGUGUCUGAAAAUUCUGACUGGACGAAUAUGAUUUUCGAAAAAAUUCUCCUGAACGGAUUAAGGGACUACAAAAUCCAAGAUGUAGCGAUAAUUAACAAGCGUUUGGCGUGUACCAAAGGACAGAAUUUUCUGAGCCAAGUGUGGAGGCUAUCCUUGAGAUACACGUGUGUACCCAAGAACAAUUCAUUCAAGAGAAUUAAAAAAAUAGUGCAUUUAAUAAUGAAAGAAGAGCCAUUGCCGGGGUUCAGUUUGGAUUUCAUCCGGGAAAAUGGAAUAUUCAACGUUGAGUUGAUGGUUUUCACCAACAUAUUACCUUCGUUGGAGCGACUGACCGGUCGACAAUUUGCGCCACGGUUCUUCAGCGGGUCAACUCAGCCACCGACGAUAAUUCUCGAAGACUUAAAACCUCUUGGAUUCAAAAAUAAGUGCCGGCAAUCAGGAUUAUCACAAGCCCACAUGCUUAAAGUCAUCGAAGCCAUUGCACAAUUUCAUGCUGGAUCCGCUGCAUUAAACGAACAGCAACCAGGACGUUUUCUACGUUUUACGUCGAGAUCAUCGUCCGAAGAAACACAUGCCAGUAUGUACGAUUGGUUGGAUUUUAUCAUUGAUCAAAUAGCUGAUAAAAUUCGUAAAUGGUCUGAACCUUGGGCAAUUCGUGCUUCGGAUAAGUUGAAAAAAUUACGCAGAGUUACACAGCAUCAAAAACUAUUGAAGGUGUCGGAGUACGACAACGACGAGUUUUGCGUGUUGAACCACGGCGAUUGUUGGAUUGGCAACUUUAUGUUUCGUGAAAAUGAAAAUGGAGUGCCGCUGGAAGUACGAAUGCUGGACUUCCAAAUGUCAGUCUGGACUUCACCAGCGGUAGAUUUACAUUACUUCAUCAACACCUGUCCAGAAGUGAGCCUCAAAGUCGACUACGAUGACUAUUUUAUAAAAAAGUACGUCGAAAUUCUGUCUAAAUCAAUGAAGAGGUACGGCUGCAGCACACCACCUCCAACAUUGCAAGAUAUUACCCGAGCGAUGCACAAAAGACGAAUCUACGGGCUGAUGUCUGGAUUGAUAUUCUAUCCGCGGAUGAUUGCCGAUGUUUCGGACAUCGAAGCGAUAGACGACUGCUUCAAAAGUGGCACCACCAAAAUGAACAUCUUCAAAAAUCCACGGGCUGUCAAGGCGCUGAAGAAAAUGAUCCCUGCUAUGCUCGAAAAGGGUUACUUAGAUUAAUUAUUAAAUGUAUUGUUUCUCUGUAAAUUUAUUUGACGGACAAUUUUCUGGAGUUGUGUAAAAUGUAAAAUGUGGUGUAAAAAAAUAUGGACGUGUUGGAAAACCCUUGCGCAACUGUGGCAAAUUUUUAUGAAGACCUACUUUCAAGUACUACAGAGUACGGUAGCAAUUUGAAACAGACUUCUGUAAAUUUACAAACACAGCAAGAAACGCAUAGCAGUGAAUUGUUUGAAAAAAAAGGAAAAAAACUUUGAUUUAUAAUAGGGCAGUAAAGCAGUAGGUAAAAUCCUGUGGAGUUGCUCUUGGUAACCUACAUCGUGAACAGAGAAAUUGUUGUGGCAAGCCUCGAUGGGUGGUUUCUGGGUUCUGAUGGAAUAAGAAAAGAAUAAGAAAAAUGAAAAAGUUAAAUAGAUAACGCGG